AUGAGUGAUGUUCAUGCUCUUGGCCAUGUUAUUCGCGAACAUCACGAUAUUGUUCGAAAUGAUGGAAUAAACAAUUCGAAUAAUUUCAAUAUUGUAAAUAAACCUAGUACCUCGUAUGAAGUGCAACAUUUGGCCGAACUUUCGAAUGAUUUCGAAGUUUUGAUCUUGGAAAACUUUCAAAGGUAAUAUUUUUUAACAUACAACGUUUUCCAUCGAGAAAAUCAAUUAAAUAUGAGAUAAAUAUUGCUUUUCAGUGAUGUCACUUUUGUUUUGGAUGAUGGCGAAAGAAUCAGUGCACAUCGUCUGAUUCUUGCAGCAAGAAGUGAUUAUUUCAAAGCAUUAUUAUACAAUGGAAUGAAAGAAUCAGAACAAUCUGAAAUUCGUCUAGUUGAUACAAGUACAAUUGCAUUCAAACAAAUAUUAAAAUAUGUAUAUACUUCGAGAAUAUUAUUCGCUGGAAUUGAAUUAGAAAUUUUAUUAGAAUUUCUGAGUUUAGCAAACAGAUAUAAUUUAUUACAACUUGUCAAAGCAAUUGGGGAUCACUUGAAAGAUAUUAUAAAUAUUCUGAAUUUAUGUGUUAUUUUCAAUGCUGCACAAUUUUUCUCACUGGAAGAUCUUAUCGAAUUCUGCCUUUCAUAUUCUGAUAGACACGCUACUCAUGUUUUGAGCGCUCCGGUAUUUAUUUUUCAGUUUCAAAUUUAAAGGCAAUCAAGAUACUUUUUCAGAACUUCAUAAACCUUACCUCCGAUAGUUUAUUUCAACUUCUUCGUCGUGAUUCUUUUUAUGCUCCAGAAUUAGAUAUAUUCAAUGCAGUUCAGAGAUGGUCUGAUAAUAAUCCAGAAGAAAAAAGUGCGCUGAAAAAACUUUUGGAUUUAGUUCGACUUCCUCUAAUUGGACAAAAUGAUUUAUUGGAAUUUGUUCGAUCUUCGAAAUUAGUUGAACCCGAUGAUUUAUUGGAUGCGAUAACUAUACAAACUCAGAAAAAAGAGCACGUUAAUCAUAGAGGAGUAAGAAGUAAGUUCUUUUUAUCAUAAAAAAGUGAUAAUAAAUUAUAUAAAAUUCAGUACCAAAUACAAAUGUUGCCACAAUUUUCAAUGGUGCUUCAGUUGUUUGCUGUGAAAAUGAGAAUGGUAAAAAAUUAUUAUGUGAAGAAAUACCAGAGGAACAAAGAUUAGCAAUACAUUACAAUCCAAAACAAUCAAAUCAUUAUGGAUCUAAAAAUGGAAUUAUUAUUGAUUUGGGUCGACCUCAUAUUAUCAAUCUAAUCAUGCUUGAUUUAUGCUCAAAAUCAGAAUUACAAUUAUAUUCGUAUAUUGUUGAUGUUAGUAUGAGCAAUGAAUCAUGGGAUAAAGAAGAACAACAUUGGAUUUGUGUUGCUGAUUAUUCAAAUUAUGCUUGUAGAAGAAAACAAAGAAUUUAUUUUGAAGAUCGAGUUGUAAGGUAUAAAAAGAAUUGUUCGAGAUUUUUCAAAACGAGAAAUUGAGUUCAGAUAUAUUCGAGUAAGAUGCGCUGAAAAAACAUUUCCAAAAGUUAUUGUGAAGCGAUUCGAAGCAUUGUACACAGAUGAUAAAAUGCCAGUUGAUGAAUCAACAGGGCUUGUUGGUUAGUUUUUAUUUUCCAAAAAAAGUAUAGUUUGCAUUUUCACUUUCUUUUAGUUCCAACUCGAAAUAUUGCCACAAUUGAAAGUAAUGCACUUGUUGUGGAAGGAGUUUCUCGAUGUCGAAAUGCUCUUAUAAAUGGGGAAAAUAUGAAUUAUGAUUGGGAUAGUGGAUAUACUUGUCAUCAAAUUGGAAGUGGAGCGAUAAUUGUUGAAUUACCACAGCCUUAUAUUCUUUCAACUAUGCGAUUAUUAUUAUGGGAUUGUGAUGAUAGAUAUUACUCAUAUUAUAUUGCUGUUUCAACUGAUCAAUCUACUUGGAUUACUGUUGUUGAUAAAACUGAUGAAGAAUGCAGGUAAGAAUUCGAAUAUUUUUUUAGAUAAAGUAAGUAGGCAGUAUUGUUUUCAGAGGUUGGCAAGAUUUGAUUUUCAAUCCAAUUCCAGUUGUUUUCAUCAAACUAGUUGGAACCAGAAAUUCUUCAAAUGAAGUUUUCCACGUUGUACAUUUGGAAGCACCCGCGAAUCGUAAACCAAUAUUGAAUGUUUAA